AUGAAGACCAGCCCCAGCAGAACACUCCAGCAGAACAGUCAGAACCACGACUUCUUCCCGGGUCUGUCCCACAAAAAGCCACCCAGCAACGAAGACAAGCCCCAGCAGAACAGUGAGAGUGAGGAUGUCUCCCAAGGUCUGUCACACCAAAAGCCACCCACCAACGAAGAACAGCUCCAGCAGAACAGUCAGAACCACGACUUCUUCUCGAGUCUGUCACACCAAAAGCCACCCACCAACGCAGAUCAGUCCCAGCCGAACAGUGAGAACGAGGACUUCUCCCAAGGUUUGUCACACCAAAAUCCACCCACCAACGAAGACCAGCCCCAGCAAGCAGUGAGAGCGAGGACUUCACCCAAGCCACCCACCAACGAAGAACAGCUCCAGCAGAACAUUCAGAACCACGACUUCUUCCCGGGUCUGUCACACCAAAAGCCACCCACCAACGAAGACCAGCCCCAGCAGAACUGUGAGAACGAGGACUUCUCCCAAGAUCUGUCACACCAAAAGCCCCCCACCAACGAAGACCAGCCCCAGCAAGCACCGCCCACCAACGAAGAACAGAUCCAGCAGAACAGUGAGAACGACGACUUCUUCCAAUGCCUGCCACACCAAAAAGCGCCCACCAAUGAAGACGAGCCUCAGCAGAACUGUGAGAACGAGGACUUCUCCCAGGGUCUGUCACACCAAAAGCCACCCACCAACGAAGACCAGCCCCAGCAAGCACCGCCCACCAAUGAAGAACAGAUCCAGCAGAACAGUGAGAACGACGACUUCUUCCAAUGUCUGCCACACCAAAAAACGCCCACCAAUGAAGACCAGCCCCAGCAGAACAGUGAGAACAAUGACUUCUUCCAGGGUCUGUCAGACCAAAAGCCGCCUACUGAUGAAGACCAACCCCUGCAGAACAGUGAGAACGACUUCUUCAAGAGGUCUGUCAGACCAAAGCCACCCACCAACGAGGACCAUACCCAGGAGAUUAGUGAUAACGACUUCUUCCAGGGACUAUCAGACCAAAAGCCACCCACCAACAAUCACCAGCAUCAGGACAACGGUGAGAACAACGACUUCUUCAAGGGUCUGUCUCACCGAAAGCCACUCACGAGUGAAGACCAAUCAAAGCAGAGCAGUGAGGACGGCUUCUUCCAGGGCCUGUUGCACCAAACGACAGCCUUUUCGUCGCAUAGAGGUGGCUACCGGGGCGUGUUCUUCUGA